AAUAUAUUAUUUUCUUCAACUAGUUCUAAGAAUUGGCCUCUCUAUUUAAGAACAUCUUCUGAGAUGCUGAUAUGCAUGCCAGCACUGUCUACUCCUUUCUGCCCAUUCUUCCCUCCUUACCCCAUUUUGAGCCUUUCCUUACCUCUUUUUAAUUCUCUCUCUCACCACCCUUUCACCACUUCACUCUUUUAAUCUUAUAUAUUAUCAUCUCCUCCCUUUGAAAAUUAAAAAUGUGGCCUCUUUGUCUUGGAGCAUUGCUUAUUAUAGCCAUUACACAUUGGGUUUAUAGAUGGAGAAAUCCCAGUUGCCAUGGGAAACUCCCCCCAGGUUCAAUGGGUUUCCCCCUUCUCGGUGAGACCCUUCAGUUUUUCUCCCCCAACACCUCUUCUGAUAUUCCUCCUUUCAUCAAAAAGAGAAUGAAAAGGUAUGGACCAAUCUUCAAGACCAACUUGGUUGGACGCCCAGUUGUAGUUUCAACAGACCCUGACCUUAAUUACUUUAUCUUCCAACAAGAGGGUCAGGUGUUUCAAAGCUGGUACCCAGACACAUUCACUGAGAUCUUUGGGCGACAAAAUGUUGGUUCCUUACAUGGGUUCAUGUACAAGUACCUCAAGAAUUUGGUGCUCAAUCUGUUUGGUCCUGAAAGCCUUAAAAAGAUGCUCCCAGAAGUCGAACAAACAGCCUGCAGAACAUUAGAGAAGUGGUCAUGCGAGGACAGUGUUGAUCUCAAGGAAGCAACAGCAAGGAUGAUAUUUGAUUUGACCGCAAAAAAACUCAUCAGUUAUGAUUCAACCAAAUCCUCGGAGAACUUAAGGGACAACUUUGUUGCAUUUAUACAAGGACUCAUCUCCUUCCCUCUGGACGUUCCAGGAACAGCUUAUCACAAAUGUCUACAGGGUAGGAAAAGGGCAAUGAAGAUGCUGAAGAAGAUGCUGCAGGAAAGACGGGAAAUGCAAAAGAAAGAGCAAGAAGAUUUCUUUGACUAUGUGAUUGAAGAACUUAAGAAAGAGGGAACAGUCCUGACUGAAGCGAUCGCUCUGGACCUCAUGUUUGUGCUCCUCUUUGCAAGCUUUGAAACCACUUCUCUCGCUCUUACUUACGCCACCAAAGUACUCUCGGACCAUCCCUUAGUACUCAAGCAAUUACAAGAGGAACAUGAAGCCAUCCUGAAGCGACGUGAAGAUCCUAACUCCGGAAUCACGUGGAAAGAAUACAAAUCAAUGACAUAUACAUUUCAGUUCAUAAAUGAAACCGUGAGACUCGCAAAUAUAGUUCCUGGAAUCUUCCGGAAGGCACUGAGGGAAAUUAACUUUAAGGGUACGUAUGUCAUAUGUUUAUUUCAUUCAUUCAUUCAUUCAUUUCACAUUACCAAAGACAGUUUUUGAUGGCUUAGUCUGAUAUGCAACAUAGCCAAUUAUUG